AUGGUGACUGUGAUGCUGGUGGUGGUGAAAGCUGAAGGGAGAAUCCAGCUGCUGUUUCAUUCCGCUUCCAGGAAGCUGCGUCUGGAAACUCGAUCCCAAAUUCUGUUUCCUCAGCACCUGCUCCUGAUGUCUCCAAUCCCAGUCUUCCCCAGACAACAGGCAGCCCUGGCCCUCGCGGGCAGCCACACGGUGCUCUGGUUUUUCACCAGUGUGUGUGGCUGCUGUGGCGCCCUUCGCCCCAGGUACAAGAGGCUGGUUGACAACAUCUUCCCCGAAGAUCCCGAGGAUGGCCUGGUAAAGACAAAUAUGGAGAAACUGACCUUCUAUGCCCUCUCCGCCCCAGAAAAGCUAGACCGCAUCGGCGCCUACCUCUCCGAGAGGCUUAUCCGUGAUGUGGGCCGUCAUCGAUAUGGGUACGUGUGCAUUGCCAUGGAGGCGCUGGACCAGCUGCUCAUGGCCUGCCACUGCCAGAGCAUCAACCUCUUCGUGGAGAGUUUCCUCAAGAUGGUGGCCAAGCUGCUGGAGUCCGAGAAGCCCAACUUGCAGAUCCUUGGCACCAACUCGUUCGUGAAGUUUGCCAACAUCGAGGAGGACACGCCAUCCUAUCAUCGGAGCUAUGACUUCUUCGUGUCCCGGUUCAGUGAAAUGUGCCACUCGAGCCACGAUGACUUGGAAAUCAAGACAAAAAUCCGAAUGUCGGGCAUCAAAGGUCUGCAAGGAGUGGUGAGGAAGACGGUGAAUGAUGAGCUGCAGGCCAAUAUCUGGGACCCGCAGCACAUGGACAAGAUCGUCCCCUCGCUGCUUUUCAACCUGCAGCACGUGGAGGAGGCAGAGAGCCGGUCUCCCUCACCCCUCCAAGCACCAGAGAAGGAGAAGGAGAACCCGGCAGAGCUGGCAGAGAGGUGCCUGAGGGAGCUGCUGGGCCGGGCUGCCUUUGGCAAUAUCAAAAACGCCAUCAAGCCUGUUCUCAUCCAUCUGGAUAACCAUUCCCUGUGGGAACCCAAGGUGUUCGCCAUCCGCUGCUUCAAAAUCAUCAUGUAUUCAAUUCAGCCGCAGCACUCCCACCUGGUUAUCCAGCAGCUCCUGAGCCACCUGGAUGCCAACAGCCGCAGUGCGGCAACCGUGCGUGCGGGCAUUGUGGAGGUCCUGUCGGAGGCAGCGGUCAUCGCCGCCACCGGCUCUGUGGGGCCCACGGUCCUGGAGAUGUUCAACACACUGCUGAGGCAGCUGCGGCUUAGCAUUGACUACGCUCUGACAGGGAGCUACGAUGGGGCCCUGAGCCUGGGCACCAAGAUCAUCAAGGAGCACGAGGAGCGCAUGUUCCAGGAGGCAGUCAUCAAGACCAUCGGCUCCUUUGCCAGCACGCUACCCACCUACCAGCGCUCCGAGGUGAUCCUCUUCAUCAUGAGCAAGGUGCCGCUGCCCUCCUUGCACCAUGCCGUGGACUCCGGAAGGGCAGGGGAGAACAGAAACCGGCUGACCCAGAUUAUGCUGCUGAAAUCCCUCCUUCAGGUAUCCACAGGUUUCCAGUGCAGCAACAUGAUGUCAGCCCUGCCCAGCAACUUUCUAGACCGCCUUCUCUCCACCGCUCUCAUGGAGGAUGCGGAAAUCCGCCUCUUUGUUCUAGAGAUUCUCAUCAGUUUCAUUGAUCGCCAUGGCAACCGCCACAAGUUCUCUACCAUCAGUACCCUCAGUGACAUCUCGGUCCUGAAGCUAAAAGUGGACAAGUGCUCCCGACAGGACACCGUCUUCAUGAAGAAGCACUCGCAGCAGCUGUACAGGCACAUCUACCUGAGCUGCAAGGAGGAGACCAACAUCCAGAAACACUACGAGGCUCUCUACGGCCUGCUGGCUCUCAUCAGCAUUGAGCUGGCCAACGAGGAGGUGGUGGUGGACCUCAUCCGCCUGGUGCUGGCCGUUCAGGACGUGGCCCAGGUCAACGAAGAGAACUUACCCGUGUACAACCGCUGUGCCCUGUACGCCCUGGGCGCAGCCUACCUGAACCUCAUCAGCCAGCUCACCACAGUGCCCGCCUUCUGCCAGCACAUCCAUGAGGUGAUAGAGACCAGGAAGAAGGAGGCUCCAUACAUGCUCCCUGAGGACGUGUUUGUGGAGAGGCCCAGACUGUCGCAAAAUCUUGAUGGUGUGGUGAUUGAGUUCCUCUUCCGCCAGAGCAAGAUCAGUGAAGUCCUGGGAGGCAGUGGCUACAAUUCAGACCGGCUCUGCCUGCCCUACAUCCCUCAACUUACAGAUGAGGAUCGCUUAUCCAAGAGGAAGAGCAUUGGAGAGACCAUUUCCCUGCAAGUGGAGGUGGAAUCCAGGAACAGCCCAGAGAAGGAGGAGCGCGUGCCAGCUGAGGAGAUCACCUAUGAGACACUGAAGAAGGCCAUUGUGGACAGUGUGGCGGUGGAGGAGCAGGAGCGCGAGCGGCGGCGACAGGUGGUGGAGAAAUUCCAGAAGGCACCGUUUGAGGAGAUCGCGGCCCACUGUGGGGCCCGGGCAUCACUGCUGCAGAGCAGACUCAACCAGAUCUUUGAAAUCACCAUCCGGCCCCCGCCAAGCCCAUCGGGAACCAUCACCGCCGCCUACGGCCAACCACAAAACCACUCCAUACCCGUCUACGAGAUGAAGUUUCCUGACCUGUGUGUAUAUUGAACUCCUGGAGGUGAAACUUCUCGCAGGGAUGGGGUCUGAGGGAAGGGCUGACCCUCAUGCCCACCCCUGCCUCUGAAAAUCCAGCUGGGAUCUCUGACAGUUGCCUCCUCCCCAGCUAAGUAAAGGUGAAGCCUCCAGGCCCCUCCGGAACUUCAUGGCCCUCCCGCCUCUGCCUCACCUUCCCUGAGAAGACCCAGCCACCUGCCCCUCGGGGGCCACGAGCAUCUCACCUGUGCCCUUCUUCUCUUUUGUCAGCCAGGGACAGAGAAUCAUGGGGUUUCUCUAGAGAGAAGGGGUGGGGGAAGCUCUGCCUGUGUGGUGGGUCAGGGGCUUCCACUGAGCUGCAUCUCGGGGCACAUCUGGCAUCCUCGGAGGGAGCCAGCUGGAGGCUUGGUUGGUCCAAGGAGGAGCCAAGGCAGGCUCCCUGGGAAAGGAGAGCUGAGAGCUGGAGAUGCUGCUGUUCUCCUCCCGAGCAGUCCCCACCUCACCCACUCGAGCCUUAGGAGUCUCUUCUGCUCUAGCUGGCCCCCCAGUUGUCUGCUCUUUCUGUCUGCUGUUACUGAACCUUGAGCCCCUUGUAGUUGGAACUGGGGGUGAAGACAAGCCAGGUGGGGCCAUGAAGGUGAAUGAAGGCAAGCAGGCCUGGGGGUGGAAAGGGGCUGGUUCUGCCUCCAGUCAUGGGCACAGGUGGGACAAGUUGUGUCCCUCUGUAGCGUCUCUCCUUCGUUCAGAGGGGACUUGUGGGUGGUUCUCUGUCUUCUGAAUGUUUCUCUGAGUUAGUUGGGUUCUCUCUCUGUUGUUUUUCUUCCAAGGACCCUAAGGAGUUUCUACAACCUCUGGGUUGAGGGGAGGCAGAAAAAAGAUAGUGUAGUUCAGGAUGGCAAACCUUGUGGAGCUUUCAGUUGUAGCAAACAGCCACCUAUGGCACACAUGUCAUAGGUUUCCCACCACUGUUUUAGUUCUAGAAGACUCAAAGGGGGAGGCAGUGCAGGGGCCCUGAGGUCUGUCCACGGUGCCUCCAAGGACCACGCUCCCACCUGGGCUGGGGAAGCAAGGCGAGGGAGGAGUCAGGCAAGUGGCCCUUUGGGGCUCAGAAGCCAACCUUUUGGAUAUUCCAGUUGAGGAAAGGGGCUAGCGCCUACUGUUCAAGUGAUUUCUUCAUGCUCUGGAAAAGUGGGGCACUGGAUGCCACCUGGCCUAGCUUAAAACCUGGGGAGAAACCAUGGAAACCCCUUUAGGUUCUGGGCUUCUGUUUCCCCUGAGUGCCACCUGCCUGUCCCUGAGUGCAGCAAACUCAGAGCGCAGGGUAUGAAAAAGCCCACUUGCUGCUCUCUCCACAGUUCCCUUUUCUGACCUUCCUCUGAGUGCCUUUGGGUAUCCUGGUGCCUCUGGAAGCAGCAGCCCCCUGUAGUCCAGAGGAGCCCUUUAUUUUCUUUCCAAACUGUCUAUAACUUUCCUGAGCUGAAGUAGCUCACAGUGAGGUAUGAAUGGUCAGAUAUUCCUUCUGAGGAGAACUUGCUUUUAAAAGGGGGGAGGAUGGGUAGAUUUCUUGACCCACAGGAACCCCUUUUUAGGCAGUAUGGCAAGGGGUCAGAAGGAGGCUAUUUCUGCUCAGGGCUGGCAGGCUUCUCAGGACACCCUCAGGUCACAUCCCUGCAGUGACAGACCGACCAUCAGGGCAGAUGAGUACAUGCUCCAAAAUUGACACAGCCCUGACACACUGCACUGCGGUGAAUGUUGGGGGAGGGGCCGCCAGAGCCUUCCUCCUUGGAGCUGUGUAGUUCCCACACUUCGAGGCAUCUCUUCCCCGGGGUCACUGCCCCAGCGCUGUGGGCGUGUGGCUUGUGCAUGGCCUGCAUGAUCACAGGCCUGGGCUGGGGGUAGGCUUCUGCUCCCCAAGGCUUUGGGGCCAUAUUUUGUGGCUUUUGUGUAACUUAUGCUCAACCCAACUCCACAAGCAUGAAUUUAGAUUUCUCUCUAAUAUCUCAUUAUUAAGAAACCGAGUUUGAAAUAACUUUAAACAAACUUAAAAGCAAAUAACCUCUAGAAAAAAAAACUAAAGAAAUUUAACACUGGAGCCACAAACGUCUUCCCUCACCAGAUCGUUCCAUCUCUUAUCCCGUGCUUGGCUAACAUAGGGGACUCUGUGUCUUCCUUGUACCCGGGUGGCAUUAAAGUUCUUCCCGGUGGCACAUUCACCCUGAGUCCUUCACCCUGAGCACUGCCCUGAACCAAGGGGCCCGGUUCUGGGACUCAAGAUUCAUUUCCUGGAAUCAUUUUCUUUUUAAAGGCAGCUUUAGAAUCAGAGACCUGAAGGUUUGCUCAAACUUCUUGGUCUCUCACCCACUCCUGCAAAGUGAGAGAAGAAAAGGCUGUGAGCUUCCUAUUCUGCGCAGACUGACUGCGGCUCCCUCUCUGUCUAGCCAAGGCAGCUUUUUCUACACCAUGGCUACUUAGCAAAGAUGUGCUGCUUUUGGAGAACCAACUGUGUCUUGCACGUUCUCAUCUCAGUUUCAGUUUAAAUUUGCACUCAGUAGACUCUUGGGUUGCCUGCUGACGUGGAGUAGACUGCAUUCUGGUCAGCUAUGCCUCAGAAUCAGGAAGUUUAAUGUGAGCAUCACCUUGGACAGAAUUAAAUGGCGAAUGCAGUAAUGCCUGUCCACCCAUCCCAAGGCCCGAGGAAAGGCAGAGUGGAGUUCAGUAGGACCUAGAGGGAGGAGCUUGUGCCCGUGUCCCUGGCCUAGUGUCUCUGCAGCCUGCCUUCCAGGCCCUCUGGAUACACUUUCGUGCCCUAUUUUUUUGCCCUUUCUUCUGUGAGCUUGAGCCAGGAGGAGCCAGCCAGCCCACUGAGACCAGCUGCCUGCAAAAGCUACCAGGGACUCUGGCUUUGUGGGCAAGGGGCAGGGAAGUCAGCAUCCUGCUGAUAGAACUUAAUAGAGAUUGAAUGUACUUGAGAGUUGGAAAUUCUUUUAAUUUGGUUGGGUCAUAAAAGGGCAUGAGAAGCAGUGGAAAGCAUCCCUGUAGUCUGAGGGACACCGUCUGCUUUCCUCACACUGGGGUCUCAGUGCCCUGAGCCUGUUCCCAGUUUCCUCUCUGGUGAGUAGGGUAAGUGGUUUCCUCACCCCUAAAUAGCCUCCUCAGCAGAGGCAGAGCCUAUGCAGAAAAAUCCUCAAUACUCCCCUCUGUCCAGCCUCCCCCCGUACCCAGAUACAAACGGAUGAGCAGGGCAAAGUGGGGCCUGGGACCAAUGAAUGUACUCAGAGCAGCGCGGCAUGGUGUCAUGUAUGUGCUGCCUUUGGCCCUGGUUGUGUCAGAACAGCCUUUAGGUUUCUUUAAAUGUCAGAACAGCCGUUAGGUUUCUUUAAAUGCAGACCUCUGGGCUGCAGAGGGGCAGAGCUGGUCUUGCCUUUCAGUUGUCAUUCCAUUGUCCCCAGGCCUUCUGACUGACUUGAGGUGCAAGGCUGUUUUUCCCAGUUCUUCCUGGUGACCACAGAAUGUCAGCUGGCUGGCUUAGGGGUCUGUUGAGAAGGGCAAGAUCUGGGCUGUUAGGCUGAGUGUUGUGUUUAAAGGCAGCCAGAAGUCAUCUUACCAGGGCAGCCCACACCUGCUUCCUGUGAUCUUGGCCCUGGCAGGCAGGUUCAUCCCAUUAGCCCUAGAAGUCUUCUGGUUACUGUGACCCUAUACCCCAAAUCAGACGUAGGUCAGAAGACUGCAGAAGGAGGGUCAUAGUGGGCCCUGUCCUUGAGCCUGGAUAGCUGAGACGUUGUGAGGAGCCACAGGGACAGGAGCACAGGCUCUGUGGCUGGAGGCAGUUUCUGAGCUCUCCUGGGACAUCAGCCUGGCUGACCAGGUCUUCAUACUCCAGGGGACCCAGGGCCUCCUGAGCCUACCACCUUCCCCUUUAGCUCUUCCUUGACUUGAUUCUGGCGUAUGAAGUACAGACUUGUAGGUCCAUAUAUGCUGCAGCCCGUACACAGUAAUGUGUCUAUGUCCGUGUAGCCCUUCAUGACCUGGCCGAGUGUGUGUAUGUACCUGUGUGUGUGCACGUGUGUAACAUAGUCCAUAGUUGGCAGUAUCUGUAUAUAAUACCUGACAUUUAUAUGUGAGUGCACAAUUAGUGCCCUGGCAGUUUUCUGUAUUUUAAACUUGUUGCAUCAAAUUAGUUUUAUUUUAGGGAAUAGGGGGAAGAGGAGUGGGAGUGUAGGAAGACGGACUUUAGCAAGAUCAUUCUUUUAGGACUAUUAGUUGUAGUUUCCCAGUAAGCCUUCAUGAUGCCCUUUUCAAAUAAAAGUUAAUGUUGUCACUACA